CUAGGAUCUCUAAUUUUCUUAGCGAGUCCGGACAGGCCUCCUCCAACUUGGAAGGGCUUCGGCGGAUGGCGGGAUGAGCGCGGCGCGUGGCGGAGCGGUGCGGACGCUGCGGGUGCCCGGCCGCCACGGCUAUGCAGCCGAGUUUUCCCCGUACUUGCCGGGCCGCCUGGCCUGCGCCACCGCGCAGCACUACGGCAUCGCGGGCUGUGGAACCCUGCUAAUACUGGAUCAAGAUGAAUCUGGGCUUAGGCUUUUUAGAAGCUUUGACUGGAACGAUGGUUUGUUUGACGUGACCUGGAGUGAGAACAAUGAGCAUAUCCUGGUCACCUGUAGUGGUGAUGGCUCGUUACAGCUCUGGGACACCGCCAGAGCCGCAGGGCCACUGCAGGUCUACAAGGAACACACUCAGGAGGUGUACAGUGUUGAUUGGAGUCAAACCAGAUGUGAACAGCUUGUGGUGUCUGGCUCGUGGGAUCAAACUAUCAAACUGUGGGAUCCAACUGUUGGAAAGUCUCUGUGCACUUUUAGAGGCCAUGAAAGUGUCAUUUAUAGCACGAUCUGGUCGCCCCACAUCCCUGGUUGCUUUGCUUCAGCCUCAGGCGAUCAGACUUUGAGAAUUUGGGAUGUGAAGACAACAGGAGUCAGAACUGUGGUUCCAGCACAUCAGGCAGAAAUUCUGAGUUGUGACUGGUGUAAAUACAAUGAGAAUUUGCUGGUGACAGGGGCAGUUGAUUGUAGUUUGAGAGGCUGGGACUUGAGGAAUGUGCGACAACCAGUAUUUGAACUUCUUGGUCACACCUAUGCUAUUAGGAGAGUGAAAUUUUCACCAUUUCAUGCUUCCGUGUUGGCCUCUUGCUCCUAUGAUUUUACUGUAAGAUUCUGGAACUUUUCAAAGCCUGACCCUCUUCUUGAAACAGUGGAACAUCAUACAGAAUUUACUUGCGGUUUAGAUUUAAGUCUUCAGAGUCCUACUCAGGUGGCUGACUGUGCUUGGGAUGAAACGAUAAAGAUAUAUGAUCCUAUUUGUCUUACCAUGCCUGCUUGAGAUAAACUACUCCACUCAGAAACAAAGGAUAUGACUGAAGAACUGCUUAGCAGGAAAUAAAUGAUUGAUAACAUAGAGUUUAUGUUUUUAUAUACUAUUCAGAUUUCAAAAUUUAAAAAUUUAUUCUGGAAUCAGUUUUGAGGAAGCUGGUAAAGACUUUGGCUCACUAUUUAAGCCUGGUACAUAAGCCAUAUUUCUUAAAAUCCUAAGGAAUAUUGAAGUUAUGAUAUAUCUUGUAGUAUCUAUUAAAAUAUAACCUUUCUAGUAUAAAAUGGAUUAAAAUAUGAGAGGUCUAUAGAUUAUAUUGAUAGUGAUAUAUUUCAUUUUUGUCACUUUUGAUGAAAAUAAAAUCACUGCUGUUGAUAAAAAUGACAAUAAACUGCAUCCCUUGAUCAUUUAUGAUUUUAUGACACCCCCAACAAGAUUACUUCUUCUAAUAUAGUAUAUAUAUAUAACACUAUAUAAUAUAGAUAUAUCUAUGGUUCAGUAACAGGGCUCUAAUAAUCACUGAUUUAUUCAGCAGUUAUUUAUUGAGCAUCUACUGUGUGCUUGAUACAUGGAAUGAAUGAGAUUCUUUCAAGGACUGGUGUCUGUCAUGCUUUAAGAACAUGGAUGCAGAGAGUUAAGAGCUUACAUGUAUUUUACAUUUAUUCAAAUAUUUUUAGAUAUUAUACCCAUGACCCUAUGUCUCUCUUCUUAUUUCUCUACAAUCAAAUUUUUAAAAAACUGGUCACUGGGCAAAAAGUCUUAGGUCCCACCAAGGUUUCAAGCAAUUACCCUUGAAACUAAGUAAUGAAAGCCCUAAGUAAUGCAGUAAACCCUCCUUACUACCUCUCUAAGUCUUGAAAAACCUUUAGGUGUGAUGACCUAUAAAAAAUUAGGUUAAAAGGGAAAAAUUAGUAGAAUAGGCAACUUUGCAUAGCGCUUAUGUUUUUAUAUAAUAUUAAAAUAAAAUGUGUUAUAAA